ACAUCAAUCUUGACGCCCCUCUUGUGCUGGCCGGGGAGAUCGGCCUUGAAGACGCUAGCUUCGCGGGUCUCCCACCAGUCGACGCGGGCGUCCGCGAGGCAGCGUCGUCCCCGAAGCCUCGGCGAGAAUAGAGGAAACAGACUUCUCGGGCACGGCAGAUCCGCCCGCCUCGACCUUGACGCCCCUCUUGUGCCGGCCGGGGAGAUCGGCCUUGAAGACGCUAGCUUCGCGGGUCUCCCACCAGUCGACGCGGGCGUCCGCGAGGCAGCGUCGUCCCCGAAGCCUCGGCGACAAUAGAGGAAAGAAACUUCUCGGGCACGGCAGAUCCUCCCAACUCGACCUUGACGCCCCUCCUGUGCCGGCCGGGGAGAUCGGCCUUGACGCCCCUCUUCUCGGGCAAGACGCUGAUGGCCUCGAAAGAAGAGAAGACGGCGGAUGGCGAGGGCGGAGCAGACGGUUCUAGUUCUCCGACGGCCAGUGCGAAUAGAGGUUUAGACGAUGAUCAAAGGCACAGAGAUGAGAAAUUAAGGAAAUACGAAAAAGCUGCUUCCUUGAAAAUUGAACAAUACUUCCUCUUAGAUGAUAUUCCACGACUUAUUAAAGGACUUGAAGACCUGGCUGCACCCGAGUAUAAUAUUUUCUUUAUUAAGAAAUUAAUCACACUCGCCGUGCAAUGGAGGAACCAAACGGAUGCCACAUCGCGAUUUCUCGCAAGGGCUGUGAAAGAAGAUGUUUUAUCACCGAUUGAUUUAGAGAUAUGUAACGAGUUCCCUGAGAAUUCUAUUGAAAGUGAAAUUGUAUCCAAGGCUUGCGCACUUGUAUCAGCUGCACAUGCCUCAGAGGCAAUGCAUUCGGUAGGUGCCGCAUUUUGGAUGGUUGUUUAUUUUUAUUUUGAAUAAAAAUUGAAUGGUUUUUUUUUGUA